UUAUACUAUAUUCUUAUUAUCUUUAAGCUAUACUCCGCCGAUCCGUUUAUUAUAUAAUAGUCUAUUACGGCUAGAUUCUAUUAUAUAACUCUAUUUAGAUAUAUAUUCCUUAUAUAAGGAAUGUUAUAUAUCUAUUUAUACCUGCCCUUUUCAUAAUAACCUCUCCCUCGGUACUUCUAAGCCGACUUCUUAUAUGCUGACAUCUACAGCCACUACAUAUGUCCUACAGUUCACAUCAAGGAAUCUGCGAAUGUUCGUAAAGAAAAUUGCUGAAAAGACUUGGUGUACUUGGUAUGUAUGGCGUGGAAUAGUGGUGGCUGGUUGGGCUGUUAUGAGACUGAUUGCCAAGCAAUAAUAGCACUGGGACUCAGUCCUACAGCGUUGUAGUGAACUAGUGGGAACGACGACAAUUACGUCUGUGAACAUGUGAAUGAAUUCUGUGGCGAAAGAAAAUGCUAAUUAUAUAGAGCUAGAUAUAUACAAUAGAAUAGCGUGGGAAAUACAAACACAUCUCGUCUCCACGCGAACACGUCCAAGUAUGAACAAGAGUGAAAAGA